AUGCCUUGGUCGUGUACGUCCGCCACCGGCAUCGAUCCAACAGCCUGGCCAAGGGAACCAACAAACUGCAUCUUCACCACGGCCGCCGGUAUCUUCACCUCCAAUCCGGCCCAAACCCUCUAUGCCUACGGCAUAACCUACUCCGUGGAAGUACGCGAGUCCGUAGCAUCCACCAAGAGACUGGCCAACUACGAAACAUCCUACUUUGGAGACGGGAAACCUACCAGCGAGGUCUGCGACGAAACUUCCUGCAGCGGAGCGUUCACGGUGCCAACGUCCACGUCCACCUAUCCCUCCUACCCGUACCCGACGGCUACGCGCGGAGACGCGGCGGCGACGGACGGACCGUUCGUCUUGCAGCCGCCGGAGAAGAUGGGACAGCUCGGCCCGCUGGCCAUUAUUGCGAUUACGGGGUUGAUCGGGGCCGUGCUACUGACGGUUGCGCUCCUGUCUCCUUUCAUGGGUGAGUAUUUCCGACGCAAGGAGGGGCAGAAACAGUUGCGGAGAGUAGAUACCCAGUAG